UCAAAGACGAGCAGGAUGGCGACUCACAUGUCGAGGUGCAGGACUUGGUGUCGGCUUCAGAGGUUUGGAAUUGCAGCCUACAGAAAGUACAGCACAGGUGGAAGAUAUCCGAAUCUCUCCCUCUCUACGCCGCUGCCUGGCAUCCCAAAGCCAGUGUUCGCAUCCGUGGACGGGCAGGAAAAAUACGAGACCAAGAUCACAACUUUAGAAAACGGCCUCAGAGUUGCUUCUCAAAACAAGUUUGGUCAAUUCUGCACAGUUGGAAUUUUAAUAAAUUCUGGAUCGAGACAUGAAGCAAAAUAUCCAAGUGGAAUUGGGCACUUCUUAGAAAAACUUGCCUUUUCUUCCACAGCUCAGUAUGGCAGUAAAGAUGAAAUCCUUCUCACACUGGAAAAACACGGGGGCAUUUGUGACUGCCAAACAUCGAGAGACACUACCAUGUACGCCGUAUCUGCAGAGGUCAAAGGUCUGGACACUGUGGUCAGUCUGCUGUCUGACGCCGUUCUUCAGCCUCGCCUGCUCGACGAAGAGGUUGAGAUGAUCAGAAUGGCCGUUCGCUUUGAGUUGGAAGAUUUGAACAUGAGGCCGGACCCCGAGCCGCUGCUGACGGAGAUGAUCCAUGCUGCUGCGUAUCGCGGGAACACCGUCGGCCUUCCUCGAUUCUGUCCUGCAGAGAACGUGGACAAGAUAGACAAGGCGGUUCUUCACAGCUAUCUGCGUAACUACUACUGCCCGGAGCGCAUGGUGCUGGCCGGCGUGGGCAUCGAGCACGAGCAGCUAGUUGACUGCGCCCGAAAGUAUCUGCUGGAUGUGAAGCCGGUGUGGGGGGCGAGUUCAGCCACCGAUGUGGAUCUCUCUGUAGCGCAGUACACAGGCGGCAUCGUUAAGAUGGAGAAGGACAUGUCCGAUGUGAGUCUCGGUCCGACGCCGAUCCCAGAACUCACCCACAUCAUGAUCGGCUUGGAGAGCUGCUCCUUCCUGGAGGAGGAUUUCAUCCCGUUCGCUGUGUUGAACAUGAUGAUGGGAGGAGGCGGCUCUUUCUCAGCAGGAGGGCCUGGGAAAGGCAUGUUCACUCGUUUGUAUCUCAACGUUCUCAACAGGCAUCACUGGAUGUACAACGCCACUUCCUACCAUCACAGCUACGAGGACAGCGGGCUGCUCUGCAUCCAUGCGAGCGCAGAUCCCAGACAGGUGAGGGAAAUGGUGGAAAUUAUAACCAGAGAGUUCAUCCAGAUGGGCGGCAGCGCAGGAGAGAUGGAGUUGGAGCGAGCCAAGACUCAGCUAAAGUCCAUGUUGAUGAUGAAUCUGGAGUCCCGGCCUGUUAUCUUUGAAGAUGUCGGCCGCCAGGUUCUGUCCACAGGAAAGAGAAAACUGCCUCACGAGCUCUGUGACCUCAUAAGCAGCGUGACAGCCAGCGACAUAAAGAGAGUGACCACCAAGAUGCUGCGGAGUAAACCUGCAGUGGCGGCUCUGGGAGAUCUGACGGAGCUACCGACAUACGAACACAUCCAGGCAGCGCUGUCCAGCAAAGAUGGCCGUCUGCCUCGCAUCUACCGCCUCUUUCGAUAAGACGCCUGUUACGACGCCCCCAUGGUCUAGGGACUCUGGGGAUGUAACAUAAAGAUAUGUCCAGAGAAAACAAAUGGAAUGUAAAAUGAUUUAUUACGAAAGAAGGUUUCGCAAAACCAAAACACAAUACAAUUAAAACAAAAGAAAAGGACUAACAAAUUCAAGAACGUUAAGUGCAAAUUAAAUUACAAGAUGUUCAAACAAGUCAAUCUGAAGUAAAACCAAAUAACCCAAAAGGGAAAAAAAACACACGAAGGGAGCACCAACCCUCCCAAACAAGCUUCAAUUUUAAGUAGAAGCAAUCAAGAUCAGAGUCGAGCUAAACAGAACCAAAAUGGGUCAGCGGAACAAAGUGUCUGAAAGCUGCCCAAAACAAUCAGUUACAAGCAAGUUUGCAGGCAAACAAAUGUGAGGAACAGCUGAACAAAGCCUCUUGCUACAAGCCAUCUCACUGGAGAAAUGGUUUCAGGGGCCUUUUAUAUGGUGCAGGUGGGCCUCAUCAGUGUCUGAUUGGCUUGCAAUCCCUCUGCUGAUCCAAUAGGGUCGCUGCUCUCCUGCAGCCAAUCAGGAAGGUGUUCUCACAUCUGAACCUGCACAACAAAAAGAAGCCUGCACAGCCUUAAGAGGCCAGGAGCUGUAACACCCCUCACCCCCCCACACCUUAAAUUACAAAACCAGGUUUUGUAAAUACUGAGUGUCACACAAAACAAAAGACACAUACUCACAUCCUGGAAAGGCCAUCUGGAAAGGAACAUUUUCUGUUCCUUUCUUAUAUUGGAUGUUCAGAUUGUAUUCUUGCAAAAGUAAUGCCCGCAGCAUAAGGCGCUGAUUGUGGUUGUACAUGCGUGAAAGAAAUACUAGUGGAUUAUGAUCAGUGAAGACAUCAACCGGCAAACUACUGGAACCAAGGUAAACAUGGAAGUGCUGAAGAGCCAACAACAGAGCCAAGGUUUCUUUUUCAAUGGUGGAAUAGCCGCUGCUGCGGCUGUAAUUAACCCUGACGGGAUGAUUGCUCUAUCGUUUCCUCUCAAACACAGAACUCGGCACCGCUCAGUCUGGGAGAGGACCGGACGUUUUUAAAGAAACUUUUUCUGCUGCGCUCAGCUGGGGAAUUUGUAUUUAUUAUCCAUGUGGACAGGAAGCCACAAAUUACCAGGAGUUUGCUUUUUAAGGGACGGUUUUUCCUCCAAAAAACAAAAAUAAUUAUGCUUCCUUAGGUGGCCAUCUUUAAAAGAAGCAAACAUUCUUUCUGUAGACUAGAUAGAUAUUACAUGCAUUUUAUCCCAGGAAAUUACAGUUGUUUGUAAUAAAGAUUUGGAGAAUGAGGUUGUAAGAUAA